UUUGGCCUUCUUGGUGUAUGCUAUGCAAUGAGCCUCAUCCACAAACAAUCUCUAUGACCUGACUGUGGAAUCACAUUCACACGCUCUUCACCUUUUUCAUCUUCUUCCUCCUCUCAUACCACCUUCACUUCCAUGAAGCCACAACAUCAAUAUCAAUGACAACAACAGUUUCCACCGAUUUCCUCCCCCUGUUCAACCCCCACCCCAACCGCACCAAUUCCCAUUCUAAUUCCCGUACACUCCCAAUUCUCAAUGAAACCACCAACAUCAACCGCACUCUCUCUUCCGUUUCCAAGCCCCAAACCCAUACCCUCGAUUUCAAAGACACCCAUCUCCUCAAAUCCCUCUCCCGAUCCUGCAAAGCCGGCAACUUCAACGAGUCCCUCUACUUCCUCCGCCACCUCGUCAACAAGGGCCACAAACCCGACGUCGUUUUGUGCACCAAACUCAUCCACGGGCUCUUCACUUCCAAAACCAUAGACAAAGCCAUUCAGGUCAUGCACAUCCUCGAAAACCACGGCCACCCCGACCUCAUCGCCUACAACGCCAUCAUCACCGGCUUCUGCAGAGCCAACCGAAUCGAUUCUGCAUACCAAGUGCUCGACAGAAUGAAAAACAAAGGCUUUUCACCCGACAUCGUCACCUACAACAUUCUCAUUGGUUCCCUUUGUUCCAGGGGAAUGCUCGAUUCAGCUCUUGAAUUCAAGAACCAGUUGCUGAAAGAAAACUGCAAGCCCACCGUCGUUACUUACACUAUUUUAAUAGAAGCAACUCUUUUGCAGGGUGGGAUUGAUGAAGCAAUGAAGCUCUUGGAUGAGAUGUUGGAAAUUAAUCUUCAACCUGAUAUGUUCACUUACAACUCCAUCAUAAGGGGUAUGUGCAGAGAAGGUUACGUGGAUCGUGCGUUUCAGAUUAUUAGCAGCAUAAGUAGCAAGGGCUAUGCCCCGGAUGUCAUAACUUAUAACAUUCUCUUGCGAGGUCUUUUGAAUCAGGGCAAAUGGGAGGCUGGUUACGAAUUGAUGUCUGAUAUGGUUGCAAGAGGUUGUGAGGCUAACGUUGUGACGUACAGUGUUUUGAUUAGUUCGGUCUGUCGCGAUGGGAAGGUUGAGGAAGGGGUGGGUUUGUUAAAGGAUAUGAAGAAAAAAGGGUUAAAACCUGAUGGUUAUUGCUAUGACCCUUUGAUUGCUGCUUUGUGCAAAGAGGGUAGAGUGGAUUUGGCUAUUGAGGUAUUGGAUGUCAUGAUCUCCGACGGGUGCGUGCCGGAUAUUGUGAACUAUAACACCAUAUUGGCUUGUUUAUGUAAGCAAAAAAGAGCUGAUGAGGCUUUGAGCAUUUUUGAAAAGUUGGGUGAAGUGGGGUGUUCACCGAAUGCUAGUUCCUACAACUCAAUGUUCAGUGCUCUAUGGAGUACUGGGCAUAAAGUUAGAGCAUUAGGAAUGAUUUUGGAGAUGUUGGACAAGGGUGUUGAUCCUGAUGGGAUUACGUAUAAUUCGCUUAUAUCUUGUUUGUGCAGAGAUGGGAUGGUGGAUGAGGCCAUUGAGUUGUUGGUGGACAUGGAGAUGGAGAGUAGUGAGUGUAAGCCAAGUGUUGUUAGUUACAACAUUGUUCUUCUUGGGUUGUGCAAAGUGAGUAGAGUUAGUGAUGCCAUUGAGGUGUUGGCUGCGAUGGUGGACAAAGGGUGUCGGCCAAAUGAAACUACUUACACUUUUUUGAUUGAAGGGAUUGGUUUUGGGGGGUGUCUAAAUGAUGCUAGGGACUUGGCUACCACCCUUGUUAAUAUGGAUGCUAUUUCUGAACAUUCAUUUGAACGAUUGUACAAAACAUUUUGCAAGCUUGAUGUGUACAGACAGCUUAAUUUGUCUGAUUAAUUAACAACUAUAGGGGAUUUAUAAAAUGCAAGAAUUGUCCACGAACUCUUUUGUUUUGUUUCAGUUUUCCUACCAGUCUUUGGUUAAUUGUAGCUUUCUGUUUGGAGUAGAGGACAGAUAAUGUCCAUAGUCAUUGUUUUUUUCUGUUGAGGAUGCUGUCAUCACUAUGUGCUUGUCCUUUUUGACGGCAAAGAAGGUUGUAUAUGAUUCCGAAUGCUA